CCGAGCCGAGCCGAGCCGAGCCGAGCCGAGCCGAGCCGAGCCGAGCCGAGCCGAGCCGAGCCGAGCCGAGCUCUGACCGAAGCAGUCACUAUUACAAAAAGUGAAAUAUUUUUUAUUUAAGCUAAAGUAGAGUUCAGGUUUGUCGAAGCAAUUGCGUUUUUACAAAGUUAGAAUGUUCCUUUGAGAGCAAGGUUUCUUUAGAACGGUGUUUUUCCAGACACUGUUCUUUGGAGACGAUGACGCUUUGUGUUCGGUGUGAACAGAGACUCUGCUGCUGGAAUCCCCUCUACAAGCCUUUCCCCACCUCGAAUGCAAAAGCUCUUGCCUGGCUGCACGUGAUGGAGGGAGAUCGCUCCCGCGCGUCGCCCAGUCUGAUAAAGGACGCUCGCUUUCUAAACCUCCAAAACGAGUCUGAAAGGGUUUGAUUUGUCGGCAUUUUCGGUAUCAGGAUGAGCGGUUCCUAGUGGAGCCGAACCCAGCCGGUUAGGGAUGAGCCUGGCUAAGCUGAUCGGGGCCGAGCCCAACGGAGCGGAGUCGAGCGGUUCCAAGAGGAGCCGAGAGCCCCCGAGGACCAUCAAGAUGCUACAGGUACCACUGCCCCUGGAUCGAGACGGGAUCCUCUUCCGACUCCGUUUCACCACACUGGCCGUCGGGACAGUGUUUUGCCCACUCUUUGGUUUCCUUUUCUGCGUGAUCUGGUCUCUACUGUUCCAUUUCCAGGAGACUACAGCGACCCACUGUGGGGUCCCAAACUACCUCCCAUCCAUCAGUGCAGCAAUUGGAGGCGAGACCCCGCAGCGUUACGUCUGGCGCCUCUGCAUCGGCCUCCACUCAGCCCCACGCUUCCUGGUGGCCGUCGCCUACUGGAACCACUACCAGAGCUGCCACUGCUCACACCCUCGCUACCUGCGCCUGUGCCACUUCAACCUGCUGCUCAACCUGCUCGAGAACUUCGCUCUUCUCAUUCUGACGUACGUGUCUUCAUCAGAAAACUAUGCAAUCCAUGAAAAUGCCUUCAUCGUCUUUAUCACGUCGGCUCUGGGCCACAUGCUCCUGACGUGCAUCCUCUGGAGGAUGACUAAGAAACACACAGUAAGUCCCGAGGAGCGCAAGUCGUACAAGUGGAAGCAACUGCUCUUCUUCUUCACCUUUAUCACCUUUGCAUUUGCCGUAUGUGUCUAUUUCCACCACAACUGGUACUGCGGCCCUGGAGUGUACACCAUCUUCGCCUUCCUGGAGUACCUGGUCGUCCUCUCCAACAUGGCCUUCCACAUGACUGCCUUCUGGGACUUCGGCAACAAGGAGCUGGUGGUGAGCUCACUGGUGGAGGACAAGCACUUCUAGCCAGCCUCGUGCCACAGCUGGUGGUGCCGGGUGGGUGCUGCUCCUCCUUGGUGGGGGCAGAGAGCCCCUUCCCUCCACUGCUGCCACUGGGGUGGUCCCUGUGGAGUUGCUGCAACAUCAUCCUGGGGUUCUGGGCACCACAAGUGUUUGCACAUGGUCCCUGGCUACGCUUGAAGGACAAAGGAGGACAGGUGUCUGUUUCUUUGGAAGAUGCUCCAGGCAGAGCAGGAUUCUGCUCCCACUGUUGCAGCACAGGGGCAACCAGCCUUGUCCUGUCCCUGCUUCACCUGGGUGGUCUCGUGGUUCCUCCUCCAGGCUGGAGGUCCUUGGCCAAGCUCUUCAAAAAGGGCUGGUGUCCUUUUGGACCUCGAAGCUUGAGGCAGCUUUGGGAGAAGGAGCAUUUGCUGCUCCCGCAUCUCCGGUUGUGGCCCCAAAGCGGAGCUGCCUUGGCUUCUCAAAAGCCUUUGCUGCCGGGGAAGGUGCUGUGGUGCCUCCAUACAGGUUCCUCCUGAGCCCACGCUGAGUCCUGGGUGCUGCUGUCCCAUCUGGAGCAGAACAAAAUGCCAGCCCAUCCCUGUCUGGAAGGGAGCGGCUUCCAAGGAGCCAGGCAGGAGAGCGCGGGAGUGCAUAUGUGGCAUAUGCCAAGAGCGCCCACAGUCUCCAGCUCCACCUUUCCUAGAUGUCCUCUCCAGCAAGAAAAAGAUACUCAAAGGGGCCCAGUUUGGGGAGGAAAGGCGGGCAGGCUGGUGCUGGAGGUCCCUGCUCUGAUGUCCACAUGGAUUUUGUGCCGUUGGGCUGGGAAUUGAUGGGGUUCAGCAAUGGUGCUGCUGCGCUGGGACAGGGGUCAGGGGUCCUGGCGUUGCCCCCGUCUGUGGGCUUUGGUUGCAGUGGUGCAGGGGCUGCCAUGGCAGUGGUGACGUCCAGGUGGGAGUUGGGUGCUGGUAACAUCCCCAGGCUCCAAGGGAGCUGCUGCUCUGGCAUGUCCACGGCGCAUGAGGGCUUGGCUGCAUCCUGCACUGGGAGGCACUGGGAGCCAGCGCUCAACCUGCACUGCUCUCAGGCAGUCAAGGUCUGCAGUGGCGCAGGGGGGCGGCAUGGCAGUGGUGCAGAUCAGGUGGGAGCUGGGUGCUGACAGCAUCCUCAGGCUCAGAGGGAGAUGCCAGGGCUGUGGCAUGACCACAGCACAGGAGGGCUCAGCUGCAUCCUGCACUGGGAGGCACUGGGAGCUGGUGCUUGCCCUGCACCAU